GUCUCCCCUCUUUGAAAUCUUCUGCUUGAUGGAGGAACAUUCCACGUCACCGUGAAAAUGGCGGUGCACGAUUCUCUUCGAUUACAUAUUACAUCUGACAAGUUCAUCAUCGAGCCGACUAAUGCAGCUGCAAAUGAGCUGCUGGUUAUCGACCGGGUGUCCCAGGAAAUAACACUGCAAGUGAACCAGGGCCAGAUUCCUGCUGCUGCUAUCACCAAACUUAUCUAUGGAGUCGUGGGCAUCAUCCGACUUGUGGCAGGUCCAUACCUGAUUGUGAUGACGAAGCGUGAGAAGGUUGGUGAGAUCAACGGGCACACGAUAUGGCAGCUGACCGACACAGAAACCCAUUCCUACAAGAGAACCAUGCUGCAUCUCACAGAGCAACAGGCCUCCUACAACCGGAGCUACUUGUCCAUGGUGGACCUGAUCCUGAAGACAGAUGCCUUCUACUUCUCCAACACCUUCGACCUGACACACUCACUGCAGCGUCUACAGAACACCAGCUCCGACUUCUCGUCACUUGCCCUGCAUGAGAGGGCUGACCAGAGGUUUGUGUGGAAUGGCCACAUCCUGCGAGAGUUGGCACAGCAACCAGAGCUGGGGCAGUACUGCCUCCCCAUGGUGCACGGCUUCAUCAGCAUUAACAGCACCAGCAUCAACAACAAAAACUUCGACUACAUCAUCAUCUCCCGCAGGUGUAUAUAUCGGGCUGGCACCAGGUUCUACGUUCGAGGAGUAGAUACGGAAGGCCAGGUUGCCAACUUCGUUGAAACUGAACAAAUCGUGCAAUGUGAUGGCAUCAGAUGCUCUUUUGUACAGACUCGGGGCUCCAUCCCACUGUUCUGGAGCCAGAAACCCAAUCUCAAGCGGAUGCCCCUGCCUGUCAUAAACAGUGCCACGAAUCAUAUGGAUGGUUUCCAGCGGCACUUUGAUGAUCAGAUUUACAACUACGGGAAACAAGUGCUAAUUAAUUUAGUCAACCAGAAAGGCUACGAGCUUCAAAUGGAACAAGCUUUUGCCCAGACUGUGGUCAACUCCCAGAACUCUAACAUCAGGUACGAGUCAUUUGACUUCCACAAGGAGUGCAGCAAGAUGAGAUGGGAUCGCCUGUCAAUACUCACAGACAAGUUGGCGGAGGAGAGGAGACAGUUUGGGUACUUCAUGCAUGGGAAGGACGGUAGUGUGCUGUCAUCACAACAGGGUGUGUUCCGAACCAACUGCAUGGACUGCCUUGACCGCACCAAUGUCGUCCAGAGUCUUCUGGCAAAAGAUAACCUGCUUGACCAGUUCCAGAGAUUGGGAAUACUAGCUCAGGGAGAACGGAUCCCGGAGAAAUGUCAGUUUGACACCGUCUUCAAGAAUGUCUGGGCUGACAAUGCAGACACUCUCUCCAAGCAGUAUGCUGGAACAGGGGCUUUGAAGACAGAUUUCACCAGGACAGGGAGGAGGACCAAGAUGGGGCUGAUGAUGGAUGGCUGGAACUCCCUCAUCAGGUACUUCCUCAACAACUUCCAGGACGGUUUCCGACAGGAUGCCAUUGACCUGUUCCUUGGCAACUACCAGGUGGAGGAGACCGAGGGCCUGACCUCAACAUCCCCUCUCACGGUGGAGAGGGACUGGAAGUUUUAUGCUAUACCUGUGAUAUUUUUGGUUGCCAUGGCAAUGUUUGUCAUCAGCAUCUUACUGCCAGAUGAACACUUCAGUGAACAAGUGAUGUAUGUGUUUUUCUGGGGAGCUGCCUCUGUGAUUGCCUUGACUGUCAUGUUUGCAUUUGGCAGCGAAUAUGUGGACCAACCCAAACUCACCCAAGCCAAGACCAAGACAGAAUAGCUAUAUGAUCGGGGAAUAUUCAUUGUGUGAUGGACUUGUUUUGGCUUUACAAUGUUGUGACGAAGCUCUACUAGUGAUCACCAGUUUGUCAGCCAUGUUGAUAUGCUACUGUUGAAUCAUUUCUGAAAUGAGUUAGUUUCAUGAACAAUCUUGGCAUCACCAUUAUCACUGACAAAGAUAUUUACUAAGUCCGAGUCUUCAGCAGGCCUGAGCUUGUUCUGAGACAGAAGGUAACACAAGUGUCUGGAUGUAUGGAGUGGGUCAUGUCACAUGGGUGUCAAGGGCCAAGGAGCAGUGGGUCAGGGGUCAUAAAACAGGGGGUCAGGGAUCAUGUAGCAAGGGGUCAAGGACCAUGUCACAAGGAUUCAUGUCAGAAGAGUUCAUGUAGCUGGGGUCAGGGGUCAUACAGCUGGGGAAACAUCUAUUAAUUUGUAACUCUAGUAAUGAAAAGGACCUGUCGAUUUUGAGUUUUGUCUGAUAGCAAAGAAAGAAAUGGAAGUAAUUUUUUUCAGACAUUUUGCAGACAACUGUAAAACUAGUUAAUACUAGUGUGAGAAAGGUGUAACAGUGUGAGCGUACCACUACCACUGGUUCACAUCUCCAGUCAUAUGAAGUAUUACUACACCUAGAAAUGCCUGCUGAGUACUGUAGGGUACCAUUACCUGAUCAGAGGCUAGCUGAGUACUGUAGGUACCAGUAUCUGAUCAGAGGCUAGCUGAGUACUGUAGGGUACCAUUACCUGAUCAGAGGCUAGCUGAGUACUGUAGGGUACCAGUAUCUGAUCAGAGGCUAGCUGAGUACUGAAGGUACCAUUACCUGAUCAGAGGCUAGCUGAGUACUGUAGGGUACCAGUAUCUGAUCAGAGGCUAGCUGAGUACUGUAGGUACCAGUAUCUGAUCAGAGGCUAGCUGAGUACUGUAGGGUACCAUUACCUGAUCAGAGGCUAGCUGAGUACUGUAGGUACCAGUAUCUGAUCAGAGGCUAGCUGAGUACUGCAGGUACCAGUAUCUGAUCAGAGGCUAGCUGAGUACUGUAGGUACCAUUACCUGAUCAGAGGCUAGCUGAGUACUGUAGGGUACCAGUAUCUGAACAGCGGCUAGCUGAGUACUGUAGGUACCAGUAUCUGAUCAGAGGCUAGCUGAGUACUGCAGGUACCAGUAUCUGGUCAGAGGCUAGCUGAGUACUGUAGGGUACCAGUAUCUGGUCAGAGGCUAGCUGAGUACUGUAG